AUGGACUUGCUGGCCAAGAACUUGCUAUUAGGCAAAACUGAAAUGGUUAAGGCCGUAGAAUCUCAGGGAACUGUAUCUACAGGUGCUGAUGUGGAGAACUUCUAUGACAAACCUGAUUAUAAAGAUAGAGAGAAGGGACACUGGAGGAACAAUAAUGACAGGAGUGGUUCGUAUGUUACUCCUGAAAGUCGGGAUGUUGUAGCAACUAGUUCUGUUGGAGCAGCAGAUGAGCCAACCUUCUGCUACACUAAACCAGAGAAAAAUUGGAGUGGUAAGAUGUUAUUUGGCCCUUUUGUGGGUAAAUUUGUGGAGAAUAAGAAGAAGGUCGAUGAUGCAAACUUUGGUAAGUUCAUGGCUAUGCUCAAGCAAUUAACAAUUAGUUUUCCUUUAGUUGAGGCACUUGAGCAAGUGCCAGGUUAUGCCAAGUUCAUGAAAGACCUCAUCAUAAAGAAAAGAAAGGUCAGCAAUGAGCAGGUGGAUAAUAUCCACUAUUGUAGCACGGUGUCCACACGAUUCUUAGUGCAAAAGAAAGCUGACCCAGGUACAUUCACUAUUCCGUGCAAAGUUGGGUCUAAGGAUAUUGCAAAGGCAUUGUGUGAUUUAGGUGCCAGCAUGAAUCUAAUGCCACUGGCUAUAUGCAAGAAGCUGGGUUUAGAAGAUCCAACACCUACUAACAUGCGACUGGUGAUGGCGGAUAGGUUGAUAAAGCAGACUGUUGGAAUUUUGCAUAAAAUGUUGGUGCAAGUGGCAAACUUUAUUCUUCCUGCUGAUUUUGUGGUGCUGGAUUAUGAUGUGGACUUUGAAGUACCCAUUAUUUUGGGAAGACCAUUCUUGGCAACAGGAAGGGUAAUAGUUGACAUAGAGUUGAAUGAGCUUAAGUUUAGGCUCGGUAAAAAGGAGGCAAAAUUCAAACUGCAUCAACCUAUGUCACAACAAAAUGAUAUAAAUGUAUUCUCGAUCAUUGACGUCUUCUAUGAGGAUGAAAAAGGGGGAUCAAUAGGUCGUCUUGGCAAAGUCUGA